ACAGUGCCAUUUAACUCAGAAGUUAUUUGAGGAAGACGAGGUGACUCACUGGAUUUUACCUGGACGGUAAGUCUUCGCUGCUACUUCCCUGAAACAGGGCUGUCAUUAGGAUUUCGUACAUCUCAGCAAACUUUCUAAAACCGAAGCCUUCGAGAAGUGUAUGAAGUCAAGCACAAAACCGGUAAACAGGUGUUCAUCAAGUUAAAAUUUCCAUUACCAGAAGAUCUAUUCAGUUUUUCCCAUGAUGGCAGAACACGGUAUACCUUGCACUGUGUCAGAAGCCAACUUUUGCAUGAAUGGAGGAACAUGCUUUAUAAUACCAACGGUGUCUACUCCCACAUGUGUAUGCAAGGCGAACUUUGAGGGCAGCAGAUGUGAGCACUACCAGCUCUCCAGUUUCUCACGGGACAGUGAGGAGAAGGGCAUGAUCGCCGCUGUGGUCAUCAUCGUCCUCCUCAUCCUAGUGCUGCUCGGUGUGGUCAUCUACUACAUCUGCAAAAUAAAGAGAAAUGGCCAGAGUCAACCAAAACCCGAGGAGUACCAGACAGUCAAAUCAAGUAUUCAGCCGGUGUGACUCGACUUUUGAAACUCAGAUGCAUUGGUUGCUAAAAGAGGCUUUGAUGUUGCGGAUGACUCCAUCAUGAGGAACAACUUUACCUUCUAACAUCGCCCCUUUUGGAAGUCUUGGACUCAAUGUGAAAAUGUGUCAGUUGCGCAAUAGCUCAAAGUGCCAGCUACUCUCAAAAUAUCUUUCUUAAUGUUCAUAGAUUUUGUAAAUAGAUCUGUCAAUUAAAACAUAUUAAUUUAAAUAUGUAAAAAGGAUGCAGAUUCUAUACAAGCAAUAUGUUACCAUAUCAGAUGUUCAAUGGAAAGCAAUACAUUUCAAAAUGAGCAUCCUUAGAUAGAAUUUUUUUUUUAAUUAGAUAAAAAAGACUUAAUAAUAUAUAUUAUAACUGUCACAUGUGCUGUUUUUGUUUUGGCUGAAAUUUUGAUUAUAUGAUUAUUUUAUUAACAAAAACAAAAUCCUUCAAUUAUACUGAAAUCCCUUUCUAAUGUUCAACUGUUUUACCAUUAAAUGUAAGUAACAACAACAACAAGCUCAAUCAUUAUUAUACACCACCGGACUGGAUAUAGAAUUAUUUUAUAAAGUAUAAUCAGACACUAUUCCAAGAAAAUAUUCCCAAAACCUUUUCAAAAAUCAAACAUGUUCAUGUCACAGAAGCAUGUUACUAUUUCUGCAGUUUGUGUCUAUACUGUGCACAGUAUGCACAUUUUCUGUAUGUCUAAUACCUAGAUGAAUUACUGUUUGUACCAAAAUGUACAAGAUACAGUGCACAAUUCAUGCACAAUGUGUCGCACAAUGCAAUGUGAUUCCAGUGAGAUGAAUGAACCAGAUGGAUGAAUAUUAACUAAAGUUGAAAGUUUUACCAGUGUUUUCCUCUCACUAUUAAAUCUGACUGUCAAAAGUUUUAAAUAUUUUUAUUAAAUUAAUAAUAAUAAUAAUAAUAAUAAUAAUCUGUGGAAUGUUUUAUUGUUUAAUUAUCUUAAAAAAUAAUGAAUGAAUCUUUUACCACUGAAUCAGUGUGAUUUCAGUUACUCUAAAGCAUUUCAGGAUAAAACAUCUACAAACCUUUUAUAUAAAUUUUAUUUAGAAAUAAAAUACUGUUACAUGAUGCGAUAUGUUAUUGCAUAGAAAAGCAGAAAUUGUAACUUUAACGCAACUAUCAUCAAUAGCCUGCAGAGGGCAGCAGAGGAAAAUCUCCCAAAUAUGUU